GAAGAAUAGUGUAACAAGGAAGUUAAUAUUUUUACAGGAAGCCAGCGGAAGCUGCCUUUUGUUUUGUUUUGUCUUUGUUUUCUGUAUCGAAUAGGUGGUCAUUUUUCACCACAACUGUUUGCUACAUUAGUUAAUAGGUUAUUGUUAAUCUGGUUUGUUUAUUUUUAAGUUUAUUCCUUAUGACAGUUGACGACAUUUGACGUUAGCUGAGACCGAGCUUCACACGCUAAAAACAGAGCUAACAGGCCCCAAGGCCAUCUGUCUAUUGUCUGCCCGUCAGUCAAACCUUCAUCCUGUUUAUAUCCAGCAAAUAGUUUUAAGGACUAACGUCGUUGGAAACUUUAGAUACCACAGUGAACAAAGCCCCAGGACCGCUGUCAUCCGUUCAUCGCAAAGGUAACGUUAGCUUUACCGGCUAACGAGAGUUUUUAUAUUGGCCAGUCAGUUGGCUGACCUCACCAACGGAUCGUUUAGUCACAAAUACUGACCGUAAAAGGAAACCAACAGUACAACGGUGUGUAGGGAGUUUGGAUGACCAUGUAUGCCCCACCGGGUUCUACUGUCCCUGGAGGCCGGAGGAGAAGAGGAGGCACCUCCCUGCCCAAGCAGCCGGAGCGGAGCCUGGUUUCGGCUCUGCCCGGAGCUCUGUCCAUCACAGCUCUGUGCACGGCUCUUGCAGAACCGGCCUGGCUCCGGGUUCAUGGAGGCACCUGUCCGAGACAGGAGCUGGGGGUGGCAGAUGUCCUGGGCUACAUUGACCCCAAGCUUCUGGACGAUUACUGUGUUAACCCGCAGACCAUCUUGCUGCUGAGGGUGAUUGCUGCCUUCUGUUUCCUGGGCAUUCUGUGCAGUCUGACUGCUUUCCUCUUGGAUGUGUUUGGACCCAAGCACCCUGCGCUAAAGAUCACACGCAGAUAUGCAUUUGCACACAUCCUCACAGUGUUGCAGUGUGCCACAGUCAUAGGCUUCUGCUACUGGGCCUCAGAGCUCAUCUUGUCCCUGCAGCAGCAACACAAAAAAUACCACGGCUCUCUCAUAUACGUCACUUUUGCCAUCAGCUUCUAUCUGGUGGCAGGAGCAGGUGGAGCCUCUAUCCUCGCCACAGCUGCGAACCUGCUGCGCCACUACCCCACCGAGGAGGAGGAGCAGGCUUUAGAGCUGCUGUCGGAGAUGGAGGAUAGCAGUGAAACUUUUCCUGCUGAUUAUGACAUUGCCAAUCAGUUUCAGCCACCACCUGCCUACACGCCCUAAUGCCACCAGACUGGCCUUGUUAACACUCGCUUCUCUCUCAGCACGGCUAUUGGCUUGAUGAGCAAACCCCACUCUUUAUCAAAUGGAUCUCUUCGCAAAUACUCUCCAUAAUGAACACAGCGUGCACGGUUAGUGCACAAACUUCUUGACUGACAGUGCUUGGGUGCAUGAAAGCUUUCUUUAGUGGUGGCAGAAAAUUAGGAGAUGAUUCUUACUUUCACCACUGAAGUUGUUAGUGAUUUGCAUGUAAAUGGCUUUUAGGAUUUGGUUCUUACAAGUAAAGCAAACUAAACUGCAAGGAGUGCUCAAUGUGGCUCAUCACAAGUAAUAUGAAACAGCCACAGCCUGAUCAGUGCCAAUUAUUGAGGCUGGGCUGUCAGCAGAUUGUCAGCAGUUGUAUUGCUCUCAGUUAGAUCCUGGAUGGAGCUUUGUAAAGCAUCAUUUUGAUUUAAAUUUUGAUAUGCUUGCGGUGUGUAUGAUUUUAUUUCCCUGAUUCAUCAAAAUGCAGAAAUACACUGAGAAGAUUAUUUUAGACAUUUCUUUCAUACAAAAUAUCAAACGGACCUUAUUAUUUAUUAUUUAGUUGUCUGUGCUGUGUCUUACUUUCUUCCAUUUGCUUUGUAGACACCCGUCACUAGUUUAGUCUUAUUCAAUCACAUCUUUACUUGAAAUAACACUAGGAAAUUGUCCAAAAAAAUGUGAGACCUGUCUUUGUGGUGUUUUAAAAAGGAUGAUGGCCUGUGUUAUGUGUCGAGAGCUAACAGCCAUGGAGAAAUUGAGAAACAUAUCUGCAUGUUUCUCAAUAAGACAUUCAGUAACAGGAACCUCACAGCAUCAGUUGGUUGUGUCAUGUUUCUUGUAUUUGAUUUAAAAAACAAAAAAAGAAACCUUGUUUGUACUUUGUGAUCACCAUACGUGACAGUUUCAGUAUGUGUUUUUUUAUGCAUGAGUUAUUUUGUGGGAAAGUUUUAAACCUUCAGGCGGAAUUGUACAAGAACAUCACACACAAGGUGCCAGCUGAGGCUUAAAAUUGUGAUUGAUGUGGUGACUCUAGUUGAUUGUAUAUUGUUCUCUUUUACCCCAUUUCUGCAUUUUGUUCCUCAGAUUGUCAUCAUAUACUUUCAUCACCAGUAUGUAAAUAUUGAUUGUUUCUACAUAAAAAGUGGUCAUAGUAAAAAUUAAUGCCAUA